AUGGGCGGGGAGCAGGAGGAGGAUCGGUUCGACGGCAUGUUGCUGGCCAUGGCGCAGCAGCACGAGGGUGGCGUGCAGGAGCUGGUGAACACCUUCUUCAGCUUCCUUCGACGCAAAACAGACUUCUUUGUUGGAGGAGAAGAAGGCAUGGCAGAAAAGCUUAUCACACAGACCUUCAACCACCACAACCAGCUGGCACAGAAGGCCCGGCGGGAGAAGCGAGCUCGGCAGGAGACUGAGCGGCGGGAGAAGGCGGAGCGCGCAGCCAGGUUGGCCAAGGAGGCCAAGUCAGAGACCUCCGGGCCCCAGAUCAAGGAGCUGACCGAUGAGGAGGCCGAGAGGCUACAGCUGGAAAUUGACCAGAAAAAGGAUGCCGAGAAUCAGGAGGCCCAGCUCAAGAAUGGCAGUCUUGGCUCACCAGGGAAGCAGGAGGCCGAGGAGGAGGAGGAGGAGGAGGACGAGAAGGACAAAGGGAAACUGAAGCCCAACCUUGGCAACGGGGCGGACCUGCCCAGUUACCGCUGGACCCAGACCCUGUCGGAGCUGGACCUGGCUGUGCCCUUCUGCGUGAACUUCCGGCUGAAGGGGAAGGACGUGGUGGUGGACAUCCAGCGGAGGCAUCUCCGGGUGGGGCUCAAGGGACAGCCAGCGAUCGUGGACGGGGAGCUCUACAACGAGGUGAAGGUCGAGGAGAGCUCCUGGCUCAUCGAGGACGGCAAGGUGGUGACAGUGCAUCUGGAGAAGAUCAACAAGAUGGAGUGGUGGAGCCGCUUGGUAUCCAGUGACCCUGAGAUCAAUACUAAGAAGAUAAACCCCGAGAACUCCAAGCUGUCAGACCUGGACAGUGAGACCCGUAGCAUGGUGGAGAAGAUGAUGUAUGACCAGAGACAGAAGUCCAUGGGGCUGCCUACCUCGGAUGAGCAGAAGAAACAGGAGAUUCUGAAGAAAUUCAUGGAUCAGCAUCCAGAGAUGGACUUUUCCAAGGCCAGAUUCAACUAG